CACACCCACUCCUAAAAUGUGCAACUAUCAAGUGACUUUAGCAAUAUUCAAGCCAGACUUAGUUGCUAGGCCAGUCUCUUUAAAUCUUGUGUGUAGAAUGAUAGAGAAGGAAGGACUCUCGAUUGUUUGCAGAAAAACUUUAAGACUGAGCCUUAAAGAAGCUGAAAAAUUCUAUGAAGAACACAAUGGAAGAUUCUAUUUUGAGAGAUUGACUACUUACAUGCAGUCCAGUGAUAUCAAUGGUGUCAUAUUAGGAGGAGAAGAUGCAAUUAAAAGAUGGAGGAGACUAAUGGGACCCACUAAACCAUGCAUAGCUAAGAGAGACUCUCCUGCUAGCAUCAGAGGAAGAUUUGGACUCUGUGAUACUCAAAAUAGCGUACAUGGAUCUGACAGUGUUGAAAAUGCUAUGAAAGAAAUUAAUUUGAUAUUUCCUGAAUUCUGCUGGAAAGAGUGGCUCAGAAGUUUGAAAUAACUAGAAAAUAUCAAUUAGCAGACAAUUUAAUCGAUAUAAUAAUAUUUCACCAUCAAUUUUGUUCAUCAUUUCAUUACCCACAUGCUA